AUGGGUAUCACACUCCAUGCCAACAAUACCGAUGACCCUCCAGAGGUCAGAAACUGGAAGGUCCACAUGAUUGCCCUCAUCGCGUCCAUGGGCGCGCUGGCUAUGGGCUAUGAUACGUCUGUCAUUGGUGGCACCAUGGCAUUGGACUCUUUCCGCCGCGACUUUGGUCUUGUCGAUGUCACUCAAUUCCAGCGCGACACACUGCAAGGCAAUAUCGUAUCGACCUUCCAAGCUGGAACCUUCUUCGGUGCACUCUUAACUUUCCCAGUUGGCGAAAAGAUCGGUCGCAAGAAUGCCAUUCUCAUCGCAUCUAUCAUCUUCCUCAUUGGCGGUUCUAUCAUGACUGCUUCAAGUGGAAUCAUUGGUCUCAUCUAUGCUGGUCGCGCCAUUGCCGGUUUUGGCAUUGGUAUGGUCUCUCUCCAGGUUCCCGUCUAUAUCGCCGAAACUUCACCCCCCUCGAUUCGUGGUCGACUCAUAGGUAUAUUCGAGAUAUUAUCUCAAGGAGGAGGCAUGUUAGGCUUCUGGAUAAAUUAUGCCGUAAAUCAAACUAUCUCCAGCGGCGGUCAAGUCCAAUGGAUCGUUCCUCUCGGCCUCCAGCUCCUGCCUGGUCUGCUGCUCGCCGUUGGCAUUUUCUGGUGUCCAGAGUCGCCUCGAUACUACGUUAAGAAAGACCGCUGGGAGGACGCUGCAAAGACGCUCUCCUGGAUUCGUAACCUUCCUCAAGACCACGAAUACAUCCAGCGUGAACUUGACGACAUCCGUACCCAGCACUUGCUCGUCCAACCACCAUCCGGACUCAAGAAUCCAAAGCGUUACUACUUCCAGCGCCUCUUCCAGAAGGGUACCCGCAACAGAAUCGGUAUCGGUCUUCUCCUCAUGGCCUUCCAGAACUUGACAGGCGUCAAUAUCAUUACAUACUACUCCCCCCGAAUUUUUGAAACCCUCGGAAUCACUGGUACCGACACCAAACUCUUCGCAACAGGUUUCUACGGUGUAGCAAAAACCCUCGGUAUGAUCAUCUUCUCCGUCUGGCUUGUCGAACGUCUCGGUCGUCGUCCAGGUCUCAUCUGGGGAGCCUUCGUGGGCUCACUUCCAAUGUGGUAUCUCGGAGGCUACGUCUUGAAGAACGAUCCCACGAAAGCUGCAGCUGCAGGUGAAGUUUCUCGGUCCGGAGCAGGUUACUUCGCCAUGGUUUGCGUGUACCUCUACGGCUUGAUCUACUGCGCAACUUGGCAAGGUAUCACCUGGGUAUACUGUUCUGAGAUCUUCCCGCUCGAUAUCAGAAUGCUGUGUGUUGCCAUCACAACGGCCGAUCAGUGGUUGUGGUCUUUCAUCAUUUCGAGGACGACGCCAUAUAUGAUCACCUCUCUCGGGUACGGGACGUACUUCUUCUUCGCUGCAUUGAUGGUCUGCAUGGGCGUAUGGGCAUGGCUGUUCGUGCCGGAAACCAAGGGAAAGACUCUGGAGGAUAUGGAGCCCAUCUUUGGAGCGCUGCCUCCUCUCAACACGAAGGCUUUGGAAGAGGAGGGAGAUUCACCCGAUUCUCCUACCAGAGAAAUCAGUGAGAAGUUUGGCGGGAACGUCUCGUAUCUCGAGACGACAGAUCGACGAGAGGCAAGAGGGCGGAGAUCAAGAUCUGUGACACCUCAGCCGAUCGCCAGAGUCAUGAGCUCGUAGGAAGAUGAAAACGCUGAGAAGAGGAAGGACAGCACACCUGAAUGAUUCAAGCUGGGCUGAUGAUGAAAAUGACGACGAGUAAUGAGAGCAUGUGAUUUGGAGCCAUAUUCUUAUGCAUAUUGCACUUGGCGCGACUGAGUGUUUGGAC